AAAAAAAUUGUUGAAAGAUUUUUAUUUCAUCCAAGGGAAAUACAUCGUGAGAUUGUAUUUUCUGGGAACUUGGCGGCGGAUAGUGGUGGACGAUAUGAUACCAGUGAAUAAAGAAAAAUUGCCACUUUUGCCCCGUGCUAAUAAUAAUUUCGAAUUAUGGCCCAUGAUUCUUUCGAAGGCUUUAUUAAAACUUUGCUCCCUCACUUGGAAUAACUAUGAAAUCAUAGAUUUUCAUCCUGUCGCAUGUUUAACCGGUAAAGAACGAAGCGCAUUAUUAUAAUACGAAUCUCAAAUUAAGAUAUAAUCUAAGAUGUAAUUUAAUUCCAUUUGUUUUUUUUUUUUUUUUUUAGGAUGGGUUUGUUUGAAGAUCAAGAUACAUUACCAAUCGCCGCAAGACAAGUGGGAUUUCUUGAGAAAAUACGCGGAUCAUUUCGAAUGGGAGAAAGAGGACGAAAAGCAAGAAAAUCAGGGUUGGUCAGGUGUUUUUUUUUUCUCGAGUAGUCUAUCGUCCCUAUGAUCUGUUUACAGUGUUUACAGUGUUCAAAAACAGAGGUGAAAACCAAGAGGGUCAAAGAAGUGAAAAAAUCUAAGGAAACGAUGAGAACGAAGAAGUCGAAGGAUACCGAUCGUACGGGGAGGACGGACGAAACGAAGAAAUCGAAAAACGAUGAUUCGAAGAUUAAAGCGUUGAUUAAACCGCAACCAGUUUCCCUGUUUAUCAAUUUAAGCGAUAUAAAAAACGAAAUUAUCCCGGAAUUUUCACCGUGUUUGAGCCACUUCAUUUACGUAGAUCAGUCGCGUGACAUUCCCCUAGAUCCCAAAGACGUAUGUUGAACAAUCCAAUCUUAAGCAAAAAUAUAAAUGGUAAUUAAUUGAAAACACGCACAGGUAAGGCCUCCUCUGGCGAAAUGGAAGUUUUACCGAUGGUUGAAGUGGGCGAUCAGCGAGGAAAUAAUCGAUCCGGUCGAAUAUUUCGUACCGAUCCGAUCGUUGAAAAUAGUCAGCCCUUUGAAGAAAUGCGAGGAGAGCGUGUACAAUAAAUACGAUAAAUCGGUGAACAAGGAAAAUAAUCAGAACAACAAGACAACGUCCAACAGAACGGCGGAGGAGAAUAAAAUCAACGAAAAGUCGAAGAAUAUGCAGAAAGACGAGACGACGUUGGACGAUAUCUGUUUCUGGGCCGACUUCAACAAAAUAGAACCGUACAUAAAAGAAGUUGAUUUCUUCUACAAAUUAGAUUAUUUUCAAUACACCAUGAGAUUGUCGGAUCGUUUCGCAACGAAGCCGAGCGACGAGAAAUCGGAGACGAAGAAGGACAGUAAGAAGGAUAGCAAGAAGGAGAGUAAAAAGAGUUCUCCGUCAAGGCAAUACAAAGAUCCCGAAUUCAUCGACACGUAUCUGUGGCCCCAAAAAAUGUUGAAAUCCAGGAACGAUCCGUUGUACAUUUUCACCGAUUCGGUGGAAGAAAAAUUCUUCUUGAUCAACUUCUCCACGUUUCAAGUCACCGCGGAAAUCGUGAAGAACGAGAAGGAGAAGCAGAAGGAGGAGAAGGAGGGCGAGGAGAUAGACGAAGGGACAAAUCCUAAAACUCUGCUGAGAGCGCACAAGGGUUAUCUGGCCGUGGAGAAGAAUCAUUGGUUUCGAAAAUUGGAGAAACCCGACUACUUGAUCUUCAUUCUAACCGCUGGGACGAAAGCGACUAUACUCGAGAUAAAACCCGGUAGGCACAUCUUGCAAGUCUAUUGUCACUCAGACUCGAAUUGUUACGUGAGCAUCUCCUCGGAUACGAUCUUCCACGUGGGCGACAGAAGGAAGAUGUAUCAAUUGAUGUGCACGGAGUCCGAAAUGGUGGAGAAGACUGCGAAGCACAUCAGCAACUGUGUGAGUAACGCGUUUCAAGCGUUUGGCACCGAAAGAUAUCCGAAGGCGUUGAAGCUUUAUUACGCCAGUUACAUACCGUUCUCCGUCGAGGAAAAGAAAAAGAAGAAAAUGCUCUGUCAAAAGGCGCACGAAUACUUUAUCAAAGAAAUGGCGAACUCCGUUACGAAGAUUAUUCCCGAGAACGAGUUACCGAACGUGUUGAGAGCGUUGAGGAUAUUUUUCCUGAACCACAAGAUCGGUUUGCAAUGCUACGACGAGAUCUCGAUAGUUUUGAGAACUUUGAGAUACAAGAGCAUACACGGAGAAGAUCUACCCAUUUCGGACACCAGAUACGUUUUCUCUCCGAAGGACGAAGCUGCCAGCGUGAUUCAAUCGUUUUUCAAGAUGAUCACUCUGCAGAAGUAUUUAAAGAUGCAUAAACCCCAACACGAAAAGCACAAUGAGAUUUUGCAAAAUUUACUCAAGAUCACGGAAUUGUUUAAUUACAACAAGCAAGAAUCGUUGGCCAAUAGUAUACUGAGAAAUAUCGUCAAGUAUCACGACACAUUCUACGACGUUUUCUAUUGCUCGAAAGAUUUCGAGUACAUAUUGCAAUCGGUAGAGUUCAAAGGUACGUUGACCAACUUGAAGCCGAAUCAAUGGUUUCCCAUUAUAAGAAUUAUAAUAAAUCCCCCGGUCGGCGAGGUGGUUUUCGCAAAUAUAAAUCUGUUCAUCAAUCUGCUGAGAUACGACGUGCGAGUGUUCGACAACGAGAUAGACAAGGAGAUAUUAAGAAUAGUGAACAACGUGGUGCCAACUCGUUACGAGCACACGAAACUGGGCUACACCCUUUUCUGUUACGGAUGGACCGACAUCGAUAUCAAUCAGAUGAAAGAGUUGCCAUGGACGUUGAAUAUAAUCACGAUGAAAGGCCAGUCCGAGUUUCAAUUCUUGAUCAAUGAAGUGAUCUUCACCACGAUCACACCACCCGCCUUGGUCAUAGAAGAGUUGUGCAACACUUACAUCCCCAACUCGAGGAAUUACAUUUCAAAAUGGAUCAUUCGGGUGAUGCAAUCCAGUAUAGUUUCGUUCAGAUUACAAGUAUCGUACAGCAGUGCGAAAAUAAGACUGAAGGUAAAGGACGAGCAUGGAAAUUUGAUAGCGAGAAACAGAGGUUUCGCGGUGGUCAUCUUGCCGGUCGUCUACUUGAAGUUUAAGAAAAAACUUGAAAAAUCCCACGAAAGGAAGAUGCGCGACUACAAGGAGGAAACCGAUAUCAAAAAGGACGAUAAGUACAGCGCGGUACCCUACACGAUUUAUUACUUGGAAGGAUCGGUCCUCGGCAAAACGUGGCCACUUACGAGGGCGGAAUGGAGCAUCGUGUCAGAAUUUAAAGUGAAACCGAGCGGAUCACUGGUUAGAACGAAGUUACCAUCUAACAAUAUAAUAAAAAAGAACGAAUCGUCGAGAUCAAAGAAAAAUAUCAAGCCAUCCGCCGAAAACGUUCAAACUCUCGAAUCUCCUUACUGGAUUCUUCAAGUGAUCACGGAUUCUGGAAGUAAAGUGGAGAUAUUCGAGGACAGGACGAAGGAGUUGGAAAUAGCCGAGAUGAAGGAAAUGUGGGCAAAAGAAAAUCCCGACAGUUUGGAACGUGGGAAAGAAAUCCGUAAAGCUUUCAUAAAGAAACACGCGGUCAAGCAGUCGAUAGAAUGCCUCGAAAAGAAAGCUUCGAACCAGUUUGAAAAAUCGUCGAUGAAGAAAGACAACGGGACGGACGCGCCGCAAGAUAUACCUUGCAUGGAGGAGAGGACUCUGAGCCCGCCUCCUUCGCUUCGUAGACUUCCACCCUUGGAUCUCUCCGUAUACGAGGUCAAAGACGACGAGGAGAUAUUGAAGACCGAAUCGAAAGAAGAAAUGCAGAGUGUGCUGCGCAAAUUGGACGUUACGUGCGCCCAACAGGAUUACGUGCAUUUUCUCGAAGAAUUGGAGAAUCUAAACAAAUUGCAGAAAUUGGAGCACGAUAUACUUUAUCGGAUCAAAUACACCGAAGCGUUCCGCGAAAGGAAAGCUUUGAUGGAGAAUUUAUACGAGAUUCGAAAGAAUUACAUUGCCAUGAAAUCCUUGGCGCCGAGCGUCAAGUCCGUUAAAAAGAGUCCCGUAAGCUCUAAAAAAAGCAAGAAGAAAAAAUAAGAAGAACUUAGGCUAAUUUAAAGUUUAUAGAAUAGAAUAAUUUAGCGAUAAGAAAGAUUAAUAAUAAUCGAACAAAACAAAUUUUCUAUCUAUAAUAUUUGUCACUUUCUAAACUGUAUAAAUUGGUUAGAAACAUUUAUCCAUCGUCAUUUAAUUCACGCUUAAUUCCACUAUAUUACCACAGUAUCCCAGUAAUCCCCUCUCUUUACGAAUAAUUUAAGAAGCCAGUAUCAGCCCCCCGGUUAAUCCAUUAUACAACUGGAUACAUACUUGUCAGAGAGAUAGCGUAUAACUCUACCUUGCGCUAUUGAGAAAAAAAAAAAACUGGAGAAAAAACUGGAGAAAUAUCUACCAUCUCCAGCAUGCAUUACCAUCCAUACAUAUUCGCGACUCGAAUUCGCAAAAAAGUGUCUCUAAUUACCGCUUGAACCUUGUCCUUACUAAUCGCUCGUACCGCGGCCAACAUGCAUAAUCCGGUGCAACGACAUUCCUCGCUCGGAUUCCACAAUCCUCGCCAAGCCCUCCUCGAUCAAAAUAUACGAUCCAUUAUCACGUUUCUAAAAGAUAGCGAUCGAUGAUUCAGGAUCCACUUAAACGGGCACGAUUUUUCAUCGCCAAUUAUCUAGAACACAUAUUCCCAAAUACGUUAUGCUAUUAAACUAUCAUUAUGGAAAUAAUUAGAUUUACGUCAUGUUGUUUCAAAACCGUGUAUGCGUUAAUUUUAAUAAUUACAAAAAGAAAAAUAUCUAAUAA